AUGACGUUUCAUUUGAAACUGCAGGAUGAGGUGAAACUUACCUUUCUCUACACAGUUGUUCUACUUUACUUCAUAGUGAAAGUCUUUGUAUUCAUUCCGAACUUGGUUGCUGUGCAGGAAGAUCCGUUUGUUUCCGGCGAUUUUUUCCGGUCUAUCUCGAACUUCGUAAUUUAUACGGAAAAACAGGCUUAUCAGUUAAUUCAUACAUACAAAAUAGAAAAUGGUUCCAUCAUUUUCAUCGAACCCUCAUUACUCUGGGCGGUCAGAGAGUUCCAGCUUAGAAACCGAAAUUUCUACAUUCUGAUUACUCAUGAUAAUGAUCUGUCUGUUCCUGGAAACUUCCGACACUAUUUAGACGAUCCAUACCUCAUUCGAUGGUUUGGUCAAAAUACUGACUAUCGCCAUCCCAAACUGGAAGGUCUCCCGAUCGGGAUAGCCAACGCACAUUGGGUGCAUGGGAACCAGGAACGUCUAUUGAGAAUAGGGAAAGAGAAGAAAAGUACAGCUGAAAUAUUCAAAGGGCUGUUUGUUGGUUUCAUGGCUGAUACGGAUAUAAGGCGAAAGCCCCUAAAAGAUUAUUUCUGCUCUGGAUAUCAUAACUGGACAUACUGCGUCAAGACUAGAACAUCAGUUGAAGACUAUUUGCGGAAGAUAGGAACCAUGCAGUUCGUUCUGUCUCCAAGAGGAAAUGGACUUGAUUGCCAUCGAACGUGGGAAUCUAUCGCUAUGGGAGCUAUUCCAGUAGUGGAGACCAGCACACUAGAUGACAUGCUGAUGACAGAACGAGUGCUGAUAGU